AUGGCCACCGACAGCCGCGACUCGAGACUGCUCUCAUUGCCCGCAGAACUCCGCAACAAGAUCUACAGGCUCGUGCUAGUAGAGGACAGCGAGAUCAUCAUUCCCCCAUGGGGCCCAUUGCCCGCUCCUCCGGGCCUACUCGCCACGAACACACAAAUCCGCAACGAGGCGAGCUCCAUCUAUUUCCAAGAGAACAACUUCCACUUUGUGAUUUACGAGUCCAACGCCGUCUUCUUCCUGACAUUCCGGGACUCCUCCAGAGCCCAGGCAUACCAUGCCCAGAUCAGCCGGGGAAUCAUUGAGCCUACCUCUCCUUCCUGGGAAAACGCCAAGAUCUGGCUACGGGCUUUUUAUGAUGGUCGAGCACCAAAUGAAGGAGAUUGA